UGCGAAUCAGCCGGACCCCUUACGUCUUGUCCAGUCGGGACAGGUAGGAUACGUAAAUAAGAAGAGCUAGAGUUCCUCCAUGGCUCUCCCUCCACCUGAACCUAAAUUGUACCAAAAAAACUACGUAUUUUCUCUUUAACUCGGCAAAAAUGGCUUCUAGGGUUCAUGUUUUCGUCAUUCCUCUCCCUAUACAGGGCCACAUAACCCCGAUGGUUCAAUUCUCGAAGCGUUUAGCUUCUAGAGGAGUUGGAUCGACAAUCAUUACACCUUUAUCAACUAGUUCCUGCGUUCAGACCAACUCGAGCCUGAUCCGGAUUGAACCCAUCCCUGAAUCCGGAGGCGGCCAACCAGAUGGCAUUGCUGCAAUCAACGAUUGGUUCAUGGACUUGCUCUCCAAAAACCUGGCUGAGAUUGCGUCUAAAGCCACUGAUUCCGGCUGCGUUCUGGCGGCCGUGGUGUACGAUUCAAUCAUGCCAUGGGUGGCUGACAUCGCGCACCAGCUGGGCCUGCGAGCCGCCGCAUUCAACAGUCAGUCGUGCGCCGUUUUCUCAUUAUAUCAUCACGCUGAUAAGGGGAACUUGGCUGCUCCGGUUGAAGGAUCAACUGUGUCUCUGCCUUCUAUGCCGCCUCUGGGGGUUGAUGAUCUGCCUUCUUUCCUUUGCGAUAACAACUCCUACUCUUCUCUGUUAAAGCAUGUUUUGGGCAGAAAUUUGAGUACUCAUAAAGCAGACUGGCUCUUAUUCAACACCUUUGACGAAUUGGAAAAGGAGUUGCUGGAGUGGAUGGCUACCCAAUAUCCGGCUAAAGUCAUCGCUAUUGGGCCUCUUCUUCCGUCUAUGUACCUAGACAAGCGAGUAAGAGAUGAUGACAGUUAUGGGCUGAGUCUAUUCAAGGCUGAAUCCAACAAAACCAUGGAAUGGCUUGACUCACAGGAAACUGGUUCUGUAGUCUAUGUUUCUUUUGGGAGUCUAGCAAACUUAAAUGACAAACAAAUGCGUGAAGUUGCAUUGGGCUUAAUCCGAAGCAAAUGCAAGUUCCUCUGGGUCGUCCGGUCAUCUGAGCAAAGCAAACUCCCAACCCAUCUCAUGGAAGAGAAUUCAGAUGUCGGCAUGAUAACAAACUGGUGCCCUCAGCUGGAUGUUUUGUCACACCCGGCCAUAGGGUGCUUUGUGACUCACUGUGGAUGGAACUCAACUCUGGAGGCAUUGAGCCUUGGUGUCCCAAUUGUUGCCAUGCCGCAGUGGACUGACCAGCCUACUAAUGCAAAGUAUUUGGUUGAUAUUUGGAAUGUUGGGAUUCGAGUUGUGGCCGAUAAAAAUGGACUGGUCACCACAAAAGAGUUUGAGAGGUGUUUAGUAGAAGUGAUGAAGGGACAUGAGGGGAUUUUGCUUAAAGAAAAUGCUGCAAAGUGGAGACAACUGGCUAAAGAAGCAGUUGAUCUAGGUGGAAGCUCCGACAAGAAUAUUGAGGAGUUUGUGUCUGCUAUUUCUAAGUAGGGGUCGCAAUCCAUUCCCACCCAAGCAUCCACCUUGUUUGCGUUGCCCCACCCUUUCCCCGCAGCAACGGGUAAGGGGAGAGCAUGAGUCAGUGUGUUCUUUCCCAUUCCUCUCAACAAAUUAUGUAUUUAUUUACGUAGUAGGAACUCUGUAUGUAUUAUGUAUCGAUUCUUUAAUUACAGGUUGUGUACUGUACAUCUGUACCAUUGAACAUUUGAAUUUUGUCUAAAGUCUGGGUUGUUGUACCGGACUUUGUACUGGAAAUCACACAAUAAUGAUGUGGUUAAAUCUUACGUAGCAAUAAAAAGUUGAGAGUUCAUGUGUUUAAUGUGUUGUAAAUAUGAUUUCAAACAUCUUUUGGGUUUCCAACUUUUGUAGAACUUUUAGAAAUUUCAU